UUGACAUGCGCAGUGGGCUACACAGAACGUUCAUAGUUCGUGAUAGGUAUUGGAUUGCACUCUGGGGAAUCUGGAAAUUGAGAAUUAGGCCUACAUUCAAAGAGUUGUAAAAAUAUCGGAAAUAAUAGCUAUAAGAAGUAGGCCUAGAUCGUACUACAAACGUUACACAAUAACUGUCAGAUAACUGUCCUUGUUGAUUUCGGAGGGGAGAAACAGACAUGGAAGACUUCGGAACACCCCUGGACAAAAACGCUACGGAGUUAACCGUUAUGGACGUCUAUGACAUUGCCGCGGUUGUGGGACAGGAGUUUGAACGCAUUAUCGAUCAGUUUGGAUGCGAGGCUUCACUGCGGCUGAUGCCCAAAGUGGUCCGGGUUCUGGAAGUUCUAGAGGUGCUGGUCACCCGAAACAAUAUCAACCCAGAGACGGAGGAGCUACGGCGUGAGCUGGACAGGUUGCGAAUGGAACGGAAUGACAGGUUGAAGAAAGAGCAGCUACAUCAAAAGGAGUUGGAGCUGGUGGAAGACGUGUGGAGAGGGGAGGCCCAAGACCUGCUGUCUCAGAUCACACAACUGCAGGUGGAGAAUAAGAGCCUUCGGAAGAGCCUGUCCCUAAAAGACUCACCUGUGACUGAGGACCUGCAGAGACAGGAGGGUGUGUCAGAGAGAGAGUGUCAGGUGAUGAAGAAGCUAAAGGAGGUGGUAGACAAACAGAGGGAUGAGAUCCGGGAUAAGGACCAUGAGCUGAACCUCAAGAACGAGGACCUGGAGGCGCUUCAGCUGCAGCAGCACCGUCUGAUGAAGAUCAACCUGGACCUGCGACACAGGAUCAGUGUGGUAGAGGCUCAGGGCAAGGCAGUGAUCCAACAGAAGGCUGAGCUGAAGGCUAUGUCCCAGGCGCGCCAGCAGGAGCUCGGGGCCCUGCGUCGGGAGGUGGCAAGGCUGAAGGAGGAGCGCAAAGAGUGGGAGCUGGACAUGAAGAGGUCAGCCGAGGAGGAACCAUCCCCCUCAAAGUCUGUGAUGACAGUGCUUACACCAGUAUCGGCCAAGUCCUUGGUACUAGCAUCAGCAGCCUCCAUCGUACACAAUUCUUUUUGGGCGGAAUGCAGAAGUGACCAUGAAUUCCUGGCACAGUGCUUUGAGUCAGAAGAGAGCCCUCCUGUCCUCUCCCACUGUGACAAGGACCAGGAGGAGGAACCUGAUGUCCUGGACCAGAAGGAGUCCGACAGGCCCCAAUUCACCCUUGAGGAGCUACGGGACGUCCUGAAGGAGAGGAACGAACUCAAAGCUCAAGUGUUCAUGCUGAGAGAGGAGCUCAUCUAUUACAAAAGUGAGGAGUUGGAGAAUGAGAUAUACGGCAUCAACUUGGAUCCAUCACUUCAGUCACAGCCUGCAGCCACUGAACAGCCUGACUCAGGGAUCAAACGUCUGAUAUUCACUGCAGUAAUGCCGAUGGUAGCAGCAGGGUUGAUUGCAGACGAUCCAACGUUACAGCCGAUCAGACGACUUAUGUCCUGUGUUUAGCAUCUUCUCUGGAGAAAAGAGGCGACCAGAGGAAGUUAUUUGCACGCAGAGCAGGCUCAGGAGGCACUGAAGCAUCCAUAACCAGGGACCUACACUGAAUGCACAAAACAUUAGGAACACCUGCUCUUUCAUGACAUAGACUGACCAGGUGAAUCCAAUUGAAAUCUAGAAUCCCUUAUUGAUGUCACCUGUUAAAUCCAC